AUGGAUACCUAUGUCGAUGCCUCGUAUGGUGAAUUCCUUGAUAAUGUCUUUGGUGGAGAUGGGAGCGAUUUCUCGCAUUACAUGAUGCCUGUUUCACCAUGGUUCUUCACCAACAUGCCUGGCUUUGAGAAGAAUUGGAUGUGGAGAGGUGAUUCCUUGUGGUACGACCGGUGGGAGCAGGUCAAGUAUCUUCAACCCGAAUUUGUCCAAAUCAUCACCUGGAAUGAUUGGGGAGAAUCGCAUUAUAUCGGUCCAUUACAUAUGAAUGAAAUGGAUGUUUUCGGGCCAAAGGCCGGAAAUUCGCCAUACAAUUAUGUCAGUGGCAUGCCGCACGAUGCCUGGAGGCAGUUCCUUCCAUACGUGAUUGAUACAUACAAGAACAACAUCUCGACUGUCACACAAGAAGGAAUCACAGCCUGGUUUCGGCGGAAUCCAGUUGCGGGAAGUCCGUGUUCCAGUGGUGGUACUUCUGGAAACACUCAUACACAAUUUCAAGUCGAGUUUCCACCAGGACAGAUAGCACAAGACAAGGUCUUCUAUUCUGCAAUGCUCGGCUCUGCCACAGGUGUCACAGUGACGGUCAGCAUUGGUGGUAAGCAGGCUGUUGGGACUUGGGCGAAGAAGCCAUGGGAUGGUGUUGGCAUUUAUCAUGGAAAUGUUUCUAUGGCCGGAGCCACUGGUGCCGUGAUUGUCACUCUCAAGACACCCAAAGUAACGUAUACAGUAAGUGGCGGAACUAUCACCACCGCUUGUAUGAACAAGAUUCAGAACUGGAAUGCUUGA